AUAAAAACAAAACGAAGAAGAUCGAAAAGCGCUCAUCAACAUCUUCGAUGUUAGUCUGAUUCGAUUCGUUUGUGGAAAGUGGCAAAGUGAAGGAAACACAAACGUCUAAAGGAAAUACAAAGUAAAAUUAAAUCUCGACAAUAAAAGAAGAAGAAAAAGAGAAACAAAAACAUGACGCAGCUAGUCAAUGAGGCGGCCAACAACAAACCACCACCAAAAGUUGAAGUUGUCAUCGAUCGCAAGGCCCAAAAGGCCGCCGAGAAGAUGUUGCGCUCCCAAAGGAAUUUAGAGAUUUACAAUAAUUUUGCAACACCCCUGGCGGGGACAUUCCUUAAUCUGCCCAUAACACCGGCUGUGAUACGCUGUCCCAGUUGCGGUGUCAAGGACAUGAGUGAAGUGCAUGUGGAGCCAAAGAAAUGGGCCAGGAAGUGUAACAGUUUCUUUGGUUGCUUAUUUGCUUCCCUGUGUUGUUGUUGCUGUUUCAAUUACUCCGAUCCAUGUGGCCAGUGUGACACGAAUCAUUAUUGCAGAAAUUGUAAUUGCUACUAUGGCCGAGCGAAGCGUAGACCACCCGCCUUGGUGGCAUGAAGUUGGUGGAAGGUAGACUCCAAGAGGCCUGCGAAUAUGUUUUUUAUUCGCAAAAUAAAUGGUAUUCUAUUAUUUAA